AUGGAUUUGAAUUACGAAAACUUGGUAUCUACAUUAACAUGUGCCAGUAAAUCAGAAAGAAGUUUAGAACAACAAAAUGCUGAUUCUCAAUUGAAGAAAUGGGAAGUUGUACCAGGGUACCAUUACUUAUUACAGGACGUGUAUUUAAAUACCGACCAGCCAUUACAGAUUCGUUGGUUAGCUAUUAUUUGUUUCAAGAAUGGUGUUGACAAGUAUUGGCGUGGAUCUCGUGCCAAUUCAAUCCAGAAAGAUGAAAAACGUCAGAUUAUAGCGAGAACUAUGGACUUGAUAAACGAACAGAAUAACCAGUUGAUGAUUCAAAAUGCCCAUUCGAUAUCGAAGAUUGCCCGAUUUGAUUUUCCACUGGACUGGCCAAAUUUGUUUGACGAUAUAGUCAAUAGUUUGGAGAAGUAUGUUUUUGUUGAGAAUAAUCUUGUGGCUACAAACAACAUGUUGAUUAUUUUAAAUAGAAUUAUCAAAACUUUGUCAACAGUCCGAAUUGGCCGUUCCCGUCAUGCAAUGCAGGCUAAAGCACCAAUUGUUGUAAGUCUAUUAAUCAAAUUAUACUCCAAGUUCUUCACUAUUUGGACUUCAAAUUUAGACUAUACUGUCAUGCAGAUUUGUUAUUUAUGUUUAAAGAAUUUAAGAAGAAUAAUCCCUGAAGGGUUUGACCAACCACAUAAAGAUCAUGAUGUGGUUGAAUUUUUGAGCAACACAAUUGAUCAUUUACAAGCUAUAGUUCUGGAAAACGAAAAGUACAAUACUGAUCUUUUAGAAAGAUAUGUCAAGUGUUACAGCAAAUUAUAUGUUGCAUUGAUUAGAAACAACCCAACCAGUUUUGUAUUGUUACCGUGUUGUGAAAAGAUUCUUACUACGUUUUUGUCAUUGUUGGAACAAAAAGCUGAGGUUAUUUAUAACUCUACAGAGGAUAACGAUUUUUGGGAAAUAUUGGCAUUAAGAAGUUUCAGCAUAUUGAAGAAAGUUAUGGCAUACGUUUAUCGUAAGGGAGCAAUCACAUUGAAACAAAGAAAUGAUAAAAUGGAAGUUCAAACUGCAAUUAACAAAUUGGGAACACAAUUUUUCACUGCAGACUUGGUUCAGAAUCUUUGUAAUUUGAUUAUCACUUGGUAUCUACGAUUGAAACCUUCUGAUCUUGAAAGUUGGUUGUUAGAACCAGAAGAAUGGUGCAAUGAAGAGUUAUCAAGCAGUUGGGAGUACCAAGUACGCCCAUGUGCAGAAAACUUUUAUCAAGAUUUAAUCAAAUAUUUCCCUGACUUUUUAGCAGGUUUUGUUUUGAACAAAAUCAGUUCAGGUUUAAUGGAAAAUGCCACUGUUGAUAAAAUUCUCAUUAGAGAUUCUAUUUUGUGCAUAUUUCAACUUUCUGGCCAUGCUAUUAAUGAGCAUGUUAAUUUUGAUAAUUUGUUGGAAACCGUGUUUAUCCCAGAAGGGUUGAAAAAUGAUGUGGUUGAAAAUAAAAUCAUAAAGAGAAGAGUCUGCUUAAUUAUUACCGAAUGGGUUAGCAUUCAAUGUUCGAGAGAACUGCGUAUUGCAAUUUAUAAACUAUUACUUAAUUUCUUGCGUUCUGACAACCAAGUUAAUGAUAAGGUGGUGAAAAUAUCUGCGGUACAAGCACUCCGUGUUGUAGUUGAUGAUUGGGAUUUCAGCAAAACCGAUUUCCAACCAUUCUUGAAUGAUUUUGUUAAAUUAAUGUUAGGCUUAUUGAACGAGUUCAGUUUUACGGAAUCAAAGUUAUACAUUUUAAACACUUUGGCAGAUAUAAUCGAAAAAUGUAACCCAUUGGUUGAUUAUCAAACAUUGAUUGACAUUUUACAAAUUAUACCUCCUAAUUGGGAAACAGGCGAAAGUGAACAAAUUAUUAAAACAUCUUUGUUGAGAGUGUUGAAAAGUUUAGUAAUUUCAUUGAACGAAAAUUCACCAGAAACCCAUGCUAUUGCCAUACCAUUAAUUACAGCAUGUUGCUCUGAGAAUCUGGAUGCUUAUUUACUUGUUUCUGAAGAUGGAUAUGAUUUGUGGCUAGCAUUGUUACAAUUUUGUCCUCCUCGAGCUGAACCAAAUCCGGAGAUUGUGCAACUUUUUGAAAUGAUUCCAUUUGGGUUAAAAAAUUCAACAGAAAUUCUUCCUACAAUUUUGUCAAUCAUCAGAAGUUAUGCAUUGUAUUCCCCACAAAUAUUCUCAGAAGUCUUCUCCACUGAGAUAUUUAAAGUAUUAGGAGAGUAUUUGAGCUCUAUGAGAGACGAUGCAUAUGUUAUUUUCAUUUCUUUGAUGGAUAUAUUAUUGAUCAACCCUGAAGACGAAAUGAUUGAUAAAGUUGUAACCAGUGGAUUGUUUAAUUCUAUGGUUGCAUAUGUGAUGAACAAUGAUAUGAAUAAUUUUCUCAUCACUAAGAUGUUUUUGUUAUUAUCUCGUAUUGCAAGAAAAGAUUACUUCCUCAAACUUUUAGGGAUGUCGUCUGUUGAUAUUUCAACAUUUUUCAAGAGAUGGUUAGAAUAUUAUGGUCACAAUGGUAGUCCAAGAAAUAAGAAAAUCAAUUUAAUGGGAUUACUUUUUGCAAUCUCGUAUGGUAUUCCAGAAAAAGUCGAAGUUUUAUGGGAAGUUUCUCCGCAAGUCAUCAAAAACACGUUGUAUUUCCUAGAAGAAGUCAAUGAGGAUACCAAUGGUACUUGUGAUGCAUAUAAUUCCAAUUUAGUUUAUGAAGACAUCGAUGACUAUUCCUAUUUGGAUCCUGAUAUUAAAGCCAAUGGAGAGAAAUUAAGAUAUCAUCAGUUAUUGAAUCAAUAUGAUCAAGUGUAUUCCGUCAACUUGUUGCAAUUAUUAAAGACAUGUGUUAUUGGAUUAAAAGAUAGGUUAACUAAUGAUGAAUUCAACACCUUAAUGCAAUUAAAUGAUAGUUAUACUAUAGAGAAAUUACAGGAAUUGUUGUAA